AUGCCUCUCGGCGGCUGGGAAUGGGAGACCUUUACUCGCUGGGCUGAACAAUACGGCUCUAUCGUCUCCAUCCGUAUCCUUGGCCGCACAGUUGUCAUCGUAAACUCCUACGGUAAAGCGUACGAGAUGAUGGAAAGGAAAAGCCAAACUUACUCCUCCCGACCCCGACUCACGAUGCCUGCCGAACUCAUGGGGUGGGGCGACGGGCUCGCAUUCGUCGAAUAUGGCCCGCGACUGCGCUCUUACCGCCGUAUCUUUCAUCGUGGACUUGGCAGUCGCGAGGCAGUGAGCGCUUAUGCGCACGUGCAGGAAACACACGCGAAGACGUUCGCGCGAAGCUGUUGGCGCGAGCCGGAGCGGUUUCGAGAGCAUGCUGUACACAUGUCCGGAGCGCUCGUCCUGGCUGUCGCUUACGGCUAUCACGCAAAACCCGAUGGAGACCCCAUCGUACGCGCCGCCAAUGACGCUAUCGAAGUAUUCAACCUGGCGGCGUCGCCUUCUGCGUACCUCGUGAACCUGCUUCCGGCAAUGAAGUACGUCCCGGAGUGGGUACCCGGCGCGGGGUUCAAGAGGCAGGCUCGGUUGUGGCGUCCGCUCUACGGUCGCAUGGUCGAUGCGCCGUUCGACUACGUGAAGAGCGCGUUGGAGUCGCAAAGUGCCGACCCAUCAUUUGUGGCACAGGCGUUAUCCGCGGCUACGUCGAAGCAACAGGAAGAGAUCAUUAAGCACGCGGCUGGAUCGAUGUUCGUGGCCGGCAGCGAGACGACGGCCCUCGUAAUUCAUGCGUUCUUCUUCUUCAUGGUUCUGCAUCCGGAGGUGCAGAAGCGAGCUCAGGCGGAGGUUGAUUCGGUCGUUGGGCACGGUAUUAGGUUGCCUGAGAAUCGGGAUCGAGAUAAGCUCUCAUACGUCGAGGCGAUGUGCAAAGAAGUUCUGCGCUUCCAUCCACCGGGUCCGUGCGGUCUGCCUCACGCAAGUACGCAAGACGAUGUACAGGAUGGAUAUUUCAUACCAAGAGGAAGCACCAUAAUUCCUAAUAUCUGGAUGAUGAGCCGCGAUGCUGCAGUCUACUCCGACGCAGAUACAUUCGAUCCUGAGCGCUUUUUGGGACCUACGCCUGAGCAAGAUCCCAGGGAAUAUGUAUUUGGUUUCGGACGCCGCAUCUGCCCAGGAAGAUUAUUAGCAGACGCAUCUAUCUUCGUCACCAUCGCUGUGUGCUUGGCGCUCUUUGAUAUAAGAGCGGAAGGAGCGCUUCCUGAUUAUAAAACGACUGGUGGGCCGAUAAAUCACAUAUGUCCCUUCAGAUGUGCUAUCGUGCCUCGACAUGAUGAUGCUGUGAUGGCACAUCUCCUGGGGGACUGA